CAACAAUGUCCAGUUCUCGUGUUGAUGACUUGAUUAGUUACUUUAAGUCUCACAACAAAAUUAGGGAACAACAAAGUCAUUCUGCUAAAGUACAUAGCGUAGGAUGGAGUUGCGACGGAAAACUCUUGGCUUCAGGUUCUUUUGAUAAAUCUGUGUGCAUUUUUUCCCUUGGACCGGAUCGCUUGAAACAAGAAACAACUUUUAGAGGGCAUGGUGGUAGUGUGGACCAACUGUGUUGGCAUGCCUUUUAUCCAGAAUUAUUAUCCACUGCAAGUGGAGACAAAACAGUUCGUAUUUGGGAUACUAGAACUCAGAAAUGCACAGCAAAUAUCAGCACAAGAGGUGAAAAUAUCAAUAUAUCAUGGUCACCUGAUGGCAAUACAAUAGCAGUAGGAAAUAAGGAAGACCUGGUGACUUUCAUUGAUGCACGAGUGAUGAAGAUUCGUGCAGAAGAGCAAUUCAACUUUGAAGUGAAUGAAAUUUCAUGGAAUAAGGAUUCUGAUACAUUUUAUCUUACCAAUGGUCAAGGCUGUGUACAUAUCCUUAGUUAUCCAGAUUUAGAGUUGUUACAUGUAAUUAAAGCUCAUCCAGGAACUUGUAUUUGUAUAGAAUUUGAUCCUACUGGAAGGUACUUUGCAACUGGUUCUGCAGAUGCAUUAGUUUCCUUAUGGGAUGCAGAUGAACUGUGUUGUUUAAGAACAUUCUCAAGAUUAGAAUGGCCAGUAAGAACUAUAUCAUUUUCUUAUGAUGGGCAGCUGUUAGCUGCAGCAUCCGAAGAUCUCGUUAUAGAUAUAGGUGAAGUUGAGACUGGAGAAAAGAUUGCAGAUAUACCUGUAGAAGCAGCAACUUUCACAGUUGCAUGGCAUCCAAAACAAUACUUAUUAGCAUAUGCUUGUGAUGACAAAGAUACUUAUGACAGGAAACGUGAUGCUGGCAGUCUAAAAGUAUAUGGAUUUGCCAAUGAUUGA